AUGCUGCCCGUGCUGCUCCUCGCGGCCACCUCUCUGCUGUCUGCGGUCAGCUGCUGCCCAUCACAGUGCAGCUGCUUCUACCACAACCUCAGCGAUGGAUCCAAGGCCAGGAGUGUCAUCUGCAAUGACCCUGACAUCUCCCUGGUGCCGGUGGGCUUCCCCGUGGACACGUCCAAACUGCGCAUUGAGAAGACAGCCAUCCAGAGGAUCCCCAGCGAGGCCUUCAGCUCUUUGUCUAGUCUGGAGUUCCUCUGGAUGUCCUUCAACACGCUGUCGUCUGUGAGUGUGGAGAGUUUCAGAGGUCUGCUGAGCCUGGAGGAGCUACGCCUGGACGGGAACAGUCUGACAGUGUUCCCCUGGGACAGUCUCCUGGACAUGCCUAGUCUUCGACUCUUGGACCUGCACAACAACCAGCUCAGCUCCGUGCCUGCCGAGGCCACCUCCUUCAUCCGCAACCUGACCUACCUGGACCUGUCCAGCAACAGCCUGCUCACCCUGCCCCCAGAAGUGAUGAGCACCUGGCUGGCAGUGCGGCCAGUGCAGGGUCCAGAGAGCUCCAAGAUGAUUCUGGGUCUCCAUGACAACCCGUGGGUGUGUGACUGCCGGCUGUACGAGCUGGUGCAGUUCCAGAAGAGCCCAAGUCUGUCCGUGGCGUUCAUCGACACUCGCCUGAGGUGCUCUGCUCCUGAGAGUGUGUCCGGAGUCCUGUUCAGUGACGCAGAGCUGCGGCAAUGUGAGCUCCCACGCAUCCACACCGCGGUGGCCAGAGUGCGCAGCGCGGUGGGUAACAGUGUGCUGCUGCGCUGUGGGACCCUCGGAGUGCCUAUCCCAGACCUGAGCUGGCGCAGGGCUGAUGGACGCCCUCUCAAUGGCACAGUUCAGCAAGAGACCUCCAAGGAGGGCAUCACCUGGUCUAUCCUCAGUGUGCCUGCAGUGUCUUACCAAGACUCAGGAAAGUACAUCUGCAAAGCCUCAAACUACGCAGGGAACGCAGAGGCUGUUGUCUCGCUCUUUGUUACCAACUCUACCAAAGCCGACGGAGGCCAAUCAAACAGUGAUAAAAAGGCAAAGGUUAAGAAGUCUGGUCCAGUGGGCAAAGCUGCGUACCAGGAGAAACUUGUGGCACGUUAUGUAGUUCCCACGUCCACAGCCCCCACAUACCAGGCCCUGCAGUCAGGGAUCCCCCUGGGGCUGGGCCCAGUGCUGUCUGUAUCCAGUUACAGUGUCGCAGACAGAGCCAUUCCAGCCUCUGUCACCACAACAAACCCAGACACUCUGCUGGAGCUGGAGAGGACCAACCUGAGCAACCUGGCCUCCAACACCUCCUCCCUGCAGCAGGACCCUGACAGGGUGGUGCGGUCUGUCAAAGUGGUGGGGGACACAGACAACACCAUCGCUCUGAACUGGAGAGCCCCUAAGGCCAAGAACACCACCGCCUUCAGUGUGCUGUACGCCGUGUUUGGAGAACGAGACAUGAGGAAGAUCAAUGUAGGAGCAGGUCAGACGCGGGUCACCAUCGACGGCUUGGUGCCCCGCACUAAAUACAUCGCCUGUGUGUGCGUCAAAGGCCUCAUCCCCAGAAAGGAGCAGUGUGUGAUCUUUUCUACAGAUGAAGCAGCCAGUGCCACCGGCACACAGCGGCUCAUCAACGUCAUCGUCAUCACGGUGGCCUGUAUCAUCGCUGUCCCUCUCACCGUCAUCGUCUGCUGCGGAGCCAUCAAGAGACGCAUCAAGAAGUACUGGGGCAAAAAGACCAAGGACAUCCAGGACUCAUAUGUGACUUUUGAGACUCUGUCCCCCGGCACAAAGGCUAAAGGCCUGGAGGGGGAGUAUUUAAACAGACUCAACCCAGAGGAGUCUAACCGGCUGCUGUCAGCACGCUCCAGUCUGGAUUCUGAGGCCACAGCCAAGAUCGAGGGACAGCCCAACGAGUACUUCUGCUGA